AUGGCUCCUCGGGUACUUGGGCGGGCAUUCCGCCCUCCAGGAUUCUAUUUUGAGCCGGGAAAGUCUGUCCACUAUCGAGGAAACAAAGAACUUAUUUUUGUCUCUAUUGCGGGCCCGGAUCGCAGGGAUAUCACGGUCGAUGAACUGCGAGAACGCGUCGCUGGACGCAUCACCCAGAUCUUCGCCACUUGUGUGGAAUACAAGGAUCUCUACGUCGCUGUCCGGGGAGAAGAACUCUACUGGCAGACUGUUGCCCAGAAGUUCAACAGCGACGCUGGCUUUUCCGACUUGCCGUGGGCACUAUUGAAGGAGCUGGUGGAGAAAUACGUUAAGGCGAGAAAGGCCUACCACAGCCGCCCAGAUGCACCCGCAACAGAUCUCACCGAGGUCGUCGACCGGUUUAUCGCUCUCCACCAUGAGACCUCAAACCUCCCUCCUUCUGCCGGCCUGCUUCAACUUGCCGUUCGUACCGACCCAAGCGAUGCCAACGCGAUGUCCGACUCGCUCCCGACAGCAGCCCUUCCUGGCAGCACCGCGGACACUACGGACCUCACUCCCUCUGAGGCCGACCUCGCAUCCGUAUCAACCGAGCCCUGGCCGCCGGGUCACUUUCCGAGCGAGGACCAGGUGUUCCUCACCCACCAAUAUAUACGAAGCCUUCACGGCAUCACACCCGAGUCUCGAAACGCUCAAGACAGAAAGCCCGGCAUUCCCACGGGGCAUUCGUCUCCUUUCCAGUUGCGACUCAUCCUAGCGUACAUGGCUUUGGUCAACAAAGGCCCCGAAGACACCUGGUGUCUUUAUCUCUUACCUAUUGCCUUCGACGACAACCGAGAGCGGCAGAUUUGGUUCCGGCACUCGAACCGAAUGUCGAAGCAGUUUCAGACGACGAAGGCCUUCCUUGAGUACAGCCAGGCCAUGUUUGCCAGUGGCCGCGAGAUGACCAUCGCCAUGCUCACGCCGUGGUUUAUCGACCGGCCUGGUCUCGAUGCCAUCGGUGGUGCAGAGUAG